AUGUCUGUGCGUCGUUCAUUUAAUUGCGGCAGGCUCGCUAGGCAGCUUGGAUUGCUUCGCCCCGGAUUCUGUGGAAAUACAGUCUCUUUAGCCAGAUACAAUAGCUCUGACUCAAAAAAAGCAGACGAAAGCUAUACACAUUUUGGUUUUAAACAUGUACCAGAAGACGAGAAAGAAUACAUGGUUAAAAAUGUUUUCUCUUCAGUUGCUAAAAAGUAUGAUCAAAUGAAUGAUGCAAUGUCUUUGGGAAUUCACAGACUAUGGAAAAACCAAUUUGUAUCUGCGUUAAAUCCAGGGAACAGUACUACUCCUAUGAAGAUCUUGGAUGUAGCUGGCGGUACUGGUGACAUAGCAUUCCGCUUAUUGGAUCAUGCAACUCAAAGGAACGGUGAUUAUAGUAGCAAAGUGAUUGUCGCGGACAUCAACCCUGAUAUGCUUGCUGUUGGUAAGAGGAGAGCUAAGAAAACGCCUUAUCUUGAGUCGGGACGUGUCGAUUUCAUUGAGCAGAAUGCUGAGGUUUUGGACAAAAUCCCUGACCAUAGCAUUGAUAUAUUCACUAUUGCUUUUGGAAUCCGGAACUGCACGCAUAUUGACAAGGUAUUGGAGCAGGCUUAUCGAGUUUUGAAACCUGGUGGUGUUUUUAGUUGUUUAGAGUUUAGCAAAGUUUAUCCUCCUUUGCUUGCAGAGGUCUAUCGUCAAUACAGCUUCAAGUUUCUUCCCUUGCUUGGUACGGUUAUAGCUGGUGAUAGUGAAAGUUAUCAAUAUUUGGUGGAGAGUAUAGAGCGUUUUCCUGAUGCUGAUACUUUUGCAAGUAUGAUUGAACGAGCUGGUUUUACUUUAGCUGGUGAUCGAGGAUAUGAAUGUCUUACCUUUGGAGUUGCUGCCAUCCAUACUGGUGUGAAACUUUAA